CGGAGCACGAGUGGCGGGCAGUGCGUGGAGGCAGCGGCGCUCCCGGGACGAAGCGGCGAAGGGCAACUUCGGAGGCGCCUCACCUUUCCAUGCGAGGGCGGAGCGGAGGAAGAUGCUGGAGAAUGGCUCCCUGAGGAACUGCUGCGGCUUCACGGCGGGGCGAGCGGGCUUCGGCGCGGCUGUGGCGGCGGCUUCGGAGGUCGCCACGGCGGCGGGCGGGGCGGCUCCUCGUCCGGGCUGGGUGGCCCCGGCGCUGUCCGGAGUGCUGAUCUUCACCACCGUGGUCGACAUCGUCGGCAACCUGCUCGUCAUCCUCUCCGUGUUCAAGAACCGCAAGCUCAGGAAUUCAGGUAAUGCAUUUGUGGUCAGCCUUGCCUUGGCCGACUUAGUGGUGGCCUUGUACCCAUACCCCUUAGUCCUCACAGCCAUUUUCCACAAUGGCUGGACCAUGGGGGAUACGCACUGCAAAGUAAGUGGAUUUGUCAUGGGCCUGAGCGUCAUUGGUUCCAUCUUCAACAUCACCGCCAUUGCAAUAAACAGAUACUGCUACAUAUGCCACAAUUUUGCAUACGACAAAGUGUACAGCUGGUGCAACACCAUGCUUUUUGUCUGCCUGGUCUGGGUGCUGACAGUCAUUGCAACGGUGCCAAAUUUUUUCGUUGGCUCUCUCAAGUACGACCAGCGCAUCUAUUCAUGCACAUUCACCCAAACGGCUAGCCCCUAUUAUACCAUUGCGGUCGUCGUCAUCCAUUUCAUCCUCCCCAUCACCAUCGUGAGCUUCUGCUACCUGCGAAUCUGGAUCCUGGUGAUCCAAGUAAGGAGGCGAGUCAAAUCGGAAAUCAAGCCAAGGCUGAAGCCGAGCGACUUCCGAAACUUUCUGACCAUGUUUGUCGUCUUUGUGAUCUUUGCCUUUUGCUGGGCACCCCUGAACUUCAUUGGACUGGCGGUAGCCAUUAACCCAUCGGAAAUAGCACCCAAAGUUCCCGAAUGGUUGUUUGUUGUGAGCUACUUCAUGGCCUACUUCAACAGUUGCCUUAACGCAAUAAUUUAUGGACUUCUCAACCAAAACUUUCGGAAGGAAUAUAAACGGAUUCUGCUGUCACUGUGGAUGCCGAGGCUGUUCUUUCAAGAAACAUCCAAAGGAGGAACUGAAGCCCAGAAGAGUAAACCCUCCCCUGCUUUAAACAAUAAUGACCAAAUGAAAACCGAUACCCUGAAAUAGAUGGAGGUGCCUCUGUGUACUGGCAUCAUGUAGGUUUUAAGGUUGUACACUUUGCUGCUGCUUUCCCUGAUCUAUGUGUUCCAUUUAAAUGACAUCCCAUGACAACUGGAAUCCAGUCUUUCCAGCAAAGUGCAUUUGUUUACAUGUUUAUAAUUUAAUAAAGGGGUACCAAUGUGAAGAAUUCAGAACUGAGGAGGAAGGAAAUAAAUCUAAUGUGUUUCUUUUAAAAAUAUAUUUGAAAGCCUGUCAUUGGACCUGGAUAUGCACACAGGACCUAUCAGUAUGUUGUCGUAUUUGCACAAACUAUGGCUCUCAGGAAGUGGAAUUUUUGCACUGUUUUUGUUGUUGUUGUUGUUUUAAGAACUGGGGUAUCGAUGGCUUGCCAAAAAUAUGUAUGUUUGAUUUUUGGUAAAAAGAUCAAUGAAAACUAUUUAAGCCAAAUGCUGGUGGUAUCUUGCAUAAAUGAUGGAAUGCUAAAGGCAUAGGAUGACAGAGAAGAUAUCUUUACUCCUAAGUAGUGGACUCAGGUCUCUCAGGAUCUAAACUCCAAGACCUUUUGAUUGACAGGAUGAAUAACAUCAUCCGUCUUCCUCCAAUUCUCUUGAAUUUAGCUACAAUACUCAUAGUAGGAAGAGCAGAAAGGAUUGUCCCAGAAUAAUGUGUCGUUAAAAGAUGUAUGUUUAUGUAUGUGAGUGUGUGUGUCCACACACAUGCAGAGACAGAGAAUUAGAGAAAUGGAGCAGUACAGCAUUUUUGGAUUCUUCUCGAGGUGUUUCUAUGGGUGUUGUCAUGCUUCCAACAUCUAUAAUCCAAAAUUUGACUUGCCCCUGCCAUUUUAUACAGCCUUUGAACCAUAACCCAGUUUUGUGAAUAAAGCUUACUUUCCUAAAUGGAAUAACAAAAUUCUGCAGAAGAUUUCUAAUUUUCCAUUGGCCAUUAAUUAAAUAUUAACAUGGCAUCUGGGGAACACAGUUUACUAUGUUUUCUUAAAAUAUAAAAUUACUGAGAUGAUCCCCAAUUCUCUGUCAGAUGGGAUGAUCUAGUUCUGCUCAUGAUCUAGAACAGUAGUUCUCAACCUGGGGGUCUCCAGAUGUUUUUGGCCUACAACUCCAAGAUAUGCCAACCAAUUUACCAGCUGUUAGGAUUUCUAGGAGUUGUAAUCAAAAAAAUCUGGGGACCCACAGGUUGAGAACCACUGAUCUAGAGUUUCCUUAGCAGGGGUGUGAAUAUUGGCUUAUUUUAUUAUCAUACAUGAGAUGUACAAAUUUCAGGUUUCCCCCUCUUUCCCAUGGAUGAUAAUAUGAGAAUAUUUUUUUUUCAUUCUGGGGACUUUUUGCAACAAAAAAAAAAGACCUCUUCCAAUUUAAUGUGUAAUGAAACCACAGAAUGCCCUCACUCCUGAGACAAAACUGUUACAGUAGAGUCUGGCUUAUCCAACAUAAACGGGCCGGCAGAAUGUUGGAUAAGCGAAUAUGUUGGAUAAUAAGGAGAGAUUAAGGAAAAGCCUAUUAAACAUCAAAUUAGGUUAUGGUUUUACAAAUUAAGCACCAAAACAUCAUGUUAUACAACAAAUUUGACAGAAAAAGUAGUUCAAUACACAGUAAUGCUAUGUAGUAAUUACUGUAUUUACUAAUUUAGCACUAAAAUAUCACGAUGUAUUGAAAACAUUCACUACAAAAAUGUGUUGGAUAAUCCAGAACGUUGGAUAAGCGAGUGUUGGAUAAGUGAGACUCUACUGUAUUUGCAAUGUCUCAAGUGUACAAAUACAAAUACUCUUUAUAUUCCAUGGAUUCAAUGGUCAAAUGUAAAGAAUAUCUGGUAAUGUGAGAGAUGUCAUUCUGACGAGCAUCAAUACUAAAAAAUGGUUUGUGCCUGUCUGUCGAGCAGCCAUCCAAAUGUCUAGUUGAGUGGAGCUGAAUUUUUUCUAUUGUGCUUUUUGGGCUGAAUAAUGCUUCUUCUCAUUGCAGUACUUUGGAUUUCAAAUAGUUUAAGUGCACAGCUGGAUACUUUUUGGCUCAUCCGACCUUCCUGGGAAGUACGUAGAAGUCCCAGUGGAUGACAGUGUCAUUGUGCAUCUGACUAUCGGGGAUUAGCCAAAUCCUUCUCAGCUGCUUCUUCUCUCUCUUGGUGGGAAGGAGGAAGGUGACUCCUGAAGGAGAGGAGGUGGAAGAUGGAAAGCAGAGUGAAUAAUAUGCCAUCAUUCUUGUAGGAUCUCAACUUUCUUUAUCUUGUUCAUGACCUUGUUCUCUAAUAAAAAUGGGCAGAUCACACUUUUCCCAGCUGGUGUCCAUUUCAGAUGUGCUCACUGUUGUUGCUGUGUGACAUCAAGUUGUUUCCAACAUAUGGCAACCUUGAGGAGCACCUAUCUUGGCAAGAUUUGUUCAGAGGACGAUUGCCUCCUCUGACGCUGAGGCCCCUUCUACACUGCCAUAUAAAAUCCACAUUAUCUGCUUUGAACUGGAUAAUAUGGCAGUGUAGACUAAAAUAAUCCAGUUCAAAUCAAAUAAUGUGGAGUUUCUGCUUUGAUUAUCUGGAUUAUCUGGCAGUGUAGAAGGGGACUGAGUUUAUCUGAAUUGCCCAAAGUUUCCAUGGAUGAGCAGAGAUUCAAACUGUUCUUAGGGUUGCAGUCCAAUCCUCAAACCACUCCACCACCUUGACUUCUCAUGCACUCAUUAUGCAUUUUCUAUUGUUUUAUUAAUCUAUGGGUUUUCAAACCCACAUGAAGAUACAUUUAAAUACAUGUUUUGUGUAUAUUUUCUCAAAGAAGAUAUCAUAGAAGUUUGCAUAUUUUAUUCAAUAGGCAUCAUUAAAUAUUUUUGAUACUCUUUGCAGCCAAAAACUGCUCGGCAAAGUUUGGGGAAGUUCAACUGUGUUCUGAUUUGCACAUUUAUCCAGAAAAUGCAGAUCAUAUGGAUUCACAUUACAAAGAUCAAAUUCUUCAAGCAUUCCUAUUCUCAAACCGCCUUGACCUUUCAUUAUAUAAAAGCUGUAAAUGAAAGAGAAAAUUAUUUCUGAUACAUCGAAGGGGGGAAAUGCUAUUUUACUCAUUUUUGACAAAGGUUUUAUAUCUUUUAGUGUGAAUAAGAAACUCAGGAAGGAUGUACUAAUACUGUGUAAACUUUUUAAAGCAUAUUUAAGGAAAGAAGUAUGUCAUUUCUGAAGAUUUAAGGAUUUGAUAGUAGCAAUUUGUUUUAAUACUGGUGAUUUGGUAUUUCAGAGGGAGGGAAAAGCAACUGUGUUUGAUGUGUAUCUGUAAAAUAUUUGGAAGAAAAUCACACUUCAAGGACAGAAAAUGUCUCCUUUUAAAAUAACAAUUUUAUCAAACGUA